AUGGACGCCGGCGCCCUUGACAACAUGGACGAAUUCUUCGACUUCGCAGCCCUUGAUCAGAACGCAGAUCCUGGAAGCAACCAUGUUCCAAAGCAGCAAAGCGUGCCGUUGAUUCAACUAGAUGAUGUCACAAAUAUCGACUGGGCUGUCGAGCCAGCAGCCCACCAUAGUCCCACGGCCGAUUUUCAAUUAAACGACAUGCCCAUGUACGAUGUUAGUCGAUGUUUCUCCACUGGCGAUGUGAGCCAGCAAUGGCCAUCGUCUCAUGAACCAGAGAGUUUGGUGUCACGCAUGGUUGAGAGAGGUUUAGCUCGGACAACGGACCAAAGUUGGCAAACAGAUAAACCCCGGCAUAUGGCGACACAUGAUGAGGCAAAUUUCAAUAUUCCAUCAUCAUAUUCACCAUCUCUUGGGUUAAUGCGAUGCAAAAACGUUCAUGGCAACAAUAGAGGGAGCCCAGCUGACACCCUGGACUAUCGGCUUGAGCAAUCUGCAUCACAGAUCGAUCGGUCAACGAUACUGGCCAACACCUCCUUCCCUCUGAGCCAGGCACCAAUCAGCUCGGUCGCAGCCCAGCAGGAAGCCUUCAGCGGCACUUGGAAACCUGCAUCAGCCAAACGUAAAGGACCCCAAAGUCGCAUUCCGCUCGAAGCGAGGCAAAUUCUGGAAGAUGAAUUUGCAGUGAAUCCAUACCCAUGUACCUGGGAAUUAGAUAUUAUUGCACAUCAAGCCAAUCUCGACGUGAAGAAGGUUCGCAACUGGUUCAAUAACACCCGAGCUCGACAGAAAUGUUCAUACCAAGAAGAAGCAGUAGAGUUGUCCCUAGUACAGGCCGCCAUCGAUGGUAAUUCUCUUGGCGAGAGUAACCCGAACGACGGGUGGUCUGACUCGAGGCAAGGCCGUAGAGGCUCUGUCAUCACAUCUGUUGCCUCUUCCGAAGGCACUGCACUGACGACUUAUACGGUUUCGUCUAACGGUAGUCGCGGCAAAACUUCGUCUUUUGGUCGUGAUCGAAGGCGGGGUAGACGUCGGAUGGCUUGGAAAGAGUCACCUCGCCAAGCUAUUAAUGGUGUCAAUAGUGCAGGUGAACCCCAAAAGGAUCUUUCUUUCUUCUGCACCUUCUGCCCGCGAGCGUUCAAGACGAAGUAUGAAUGGAUUCGGCACGAAGACUCUGUUCAUGCGCUUCGGACUACCUGGAUCUGUUGUGACACAAAGUCAUCUGAGAUACUCGAAGCCUGUCCAUUCUGCGGUCAGACCCAUCCUGAUGACACCCACAUGGCUGGCCACAAAUAUCAGCAAUGUAGGAGCAAGCCCGAAUCUCAACGGACUUUCUAUCGCCGCGACCACUUCAUCCAACACAUGCAUCAUGUUCACUUCGCUAACACCAAACACCCAUCGGUACGUGUCGGAUGCCAGGCCCGAUUGUUAGCCGCUCAGGGCCAUUACUUCGGCUGCAAAGAUCUCGCCAUGAAGUGGCGUCGCUUCGGUGCUCCAAUGAAGAAGGACGACCCGAUGCUUCAUUGUGGCUUUUGUGGGAAAAGAUCCAGAGACUGGUCUGAGCGGUGUGAGCAUAUCGCCGAGCACCUCAUCACGCGUGAGCUUGACCGUGCUGUGUGGUGGGGGGAGCGCAAGGAGAACCAUCUGGAGAAUCUAUACUCGACGACACCCUACGAGUCGUUCCGUUGCCGAUACUGCCAGAAAGUGUUUACGGAUGUCAAGGAGAUGAACGAGCACUCCCAUUGCCGUGUGUGGAGCUGCCGUUUCCUACGAAGCUUUGACGACGUUGCUGCUGACAAUGCAGGACCACCGCUUUGCCCGGACUAUCCUUCGGCGAAGGCUCACCAUUGCUAUCUUUGCGGUUCCGGCUAUCGCACGUUUCAUGUCGAGCAUGCACAGAACUACCAUCGCUAUCGUUCAUGCAAUCAAGAAUUCUAUACGUCAGAGGAGGCCUUCCUCCAGCAUUUACACAACUUUCAUGGCGCUUCACAACCUGCGCUACUGCGAGAUAGUAGCAUCAUUGAGCAGAGUUUCAUGCGUAACAAAGGCGCAUCGUUUGAGCCAGUGGAGUUCAAUGAGAGCUGGCAACCUUGCGUCAUGGAUCUUGAUGUAGCGUCUGUUAGUCCGUUUAUUGCCGACAACGCUGCCCCAACUUUGCCUGUCGGGCAGAGAAAGAACCAAGCUCAAGCACGCAAAGCGCUAGCGAUUCCGAAGAAAGCCCGCGAUGUUGUUCAGACUUACGACGCGGAUACAAAGAAGGCACAAAGGCCACGGUCGGAUACCGCGGUCUCGAAGGCGGAAACUCAUCACCCACGAUUUUUCCGACUCAGUACAUACGUGCCCUUCCGUUCAUCUCGCGUGUUCUUUUCCCGGUCUGCAAAGCCAACGGAUUUUCCAAAAGACGAUCAUGCUGUUUUGGAAGAGCUAUCGAAACCGCAUGUUGCCACACUAAUUAUGACGGCGGGCACGCUCAGUAUGGCUGCUACUCGUUGGUUCAUUCAACCUAAGACACAUGCGCUUGAUGGUCUGAUAGAGCUCACCAUCGAUCAUGAAGGAGACUCGGACUGA